AGCAUGGCAAAGCAUCCUGCUCCCCUGCCACUGGGGCUCAGAUCAGACGGGGCGGUUUUCUUACGGUGUGCGUUCGCUGGGAUGCCUGACAACAGCCUUUGGGACUGAGACGGCUUUUGGUGAUGCAGGCAUCCAGCAGCCGGAGUCUCCUCAAGUUUGCUGUUAUGGAGGUGAAGUGGAUUCAUGUGUUGGGCAUCCUCUUCUUCGUGUUGUCUGUUGCAAUGACGGGCUGCUUUCUGUGGCAGUACAGCCUUCCCAAGGUGGAGCCCAGCCCAUCUGUGAUGGAAGUGAGAUCAGAAGCCGUGCAGAUGUGCCCCCGCUAUCCUGAACCAGUACCCCUGGACCACCCAAUCCCCAUUCUGAAGGAUGCAUUGGAGAAGGUAGAUAUGAUGCUGCGCCAGAAGAUUCAUAGCUCUGGUCUCCCUGCCAUGUCUGCCAUUGUUAUCUACAAUGACACUGUGCUUUGGACAGGCAACUUCGGGAAGAAGAACGCUUCGGACCCCUCCUCAGUGGUGCCCAAUGAAUACACUAUUUACAGAAUUGCCAGCAUCUCCAAGAUCUUCCCCACCAUUAUGUUGUACAAGAUGUGGGAGGAAGGGAAAGUCACGUCUCUUGAUGAUCCAUUGGAACGCUAUGCCCAGAACUUUGUUAUUAAGAACCCUCUGGGAAGGCUCAAGGAAUCGGAGCAGAGACACACAGCAGAUGGGCUGGUUUUCCUGGAAAAAGGCUCAGUGCCACUUAAGCCAUCGCCUGUUACCUUGCGCAGAAUGGCCAGCCAGCUCUCAGGUCUGCCCAGGAGGCUGCGGUCUACCAGCCUGCUGUGGAAGGGCAAUACACAAGAUGCUCUAGCUCUCCUGAAAGACGAUGUCUUGGUUGUUGAUCCAGGAACGAGAUGUCACUACAGUAAUUUGGCCUUCUCACUGAUGGCACAUGUGCUAGCUGACCACGCAGCGGAGGGGCAAUACCAGCGCUGGGUCUCAGAGAACAUCCUGGACCGCUUGGGCAUGGAGGACACUGGCUUUGACAUCACACCACCGAUCCGAUCCCAGAUGGCUGUGGGUUUCUAUGGCAGCCGGCAGCCAGCCCCUCUCUAUGACCUUGGCUGGUACAGACCUUCUGGCCAGAUGUACUCCACAGCUGCUGACCUUGCCAAGCUGGCAAUGGUCUUCUUAGGUACCUACCACCGCCGUCUCCUGGCACCUGACACAGUGAAGACGAUGCUCACCCCUCUGUUUAAAUGCUCCACGGAAUACUUUGCUAACAAGACCGGCACACCCUGGGAGAUUAAUGAGCAAUUGGGAUACGAUGUCAUUAGGAAGGAUGGAGACCUCGAUGGCUAUUCAGCAACCUUCUCCCUUAUCCCCAAGCUCCACCUGAGCUUCAUUGUGCUGAUGGCAGGGCCCAGGCCUCAGGGUGGGGAUAUUGUGACUCAGACAUAUGAGCAUCUUAUUCCUGCCAUGGAGACGGCAUUCAGAGAGGCAGAGAAAAGCUUGAUUCCUCCUCCAAGUCCAGGCCCUUAUGUUGGCUACUACACCUAUUCCAAUCUGACUUUCUAUGAGAUCAAAGUUGGAGCUGGUGGGGUGCUGGUCAUGCAGCAGUUUGGGCCUCAUGUGGAAGAGCUGAUUCCUGAAAAGUACCGGACAAUCAAGCUCCACCACCUGGAAGAUCGUGUUUUCCAAGUUGUUUUUGACAAGGAGUUCCCAUGUGUUCUGCACCUGGGCUCUGCUUCCAUCUCCCUGGAGACCCAAAACGGGCAGCUCUUUAACUUUUACCCCUUCGAUCGCAAAGGUUUGUCUCCUGGUUUUGAUGCGCCAGGGCUGAACACGUACAACGUGGUGCGUGUGCUUCGUAAACCUGUAUUCUAUAGCUAAAUGUCCCCCUGCUUUUCUGGACCCUUCUGGGACAUGGCUCCAAUUCUCUGUCUUACCAGACUCUCCUGUCUGUGUGGCUUUAUGGAGCUAUUUAAAAGGGAAAGAUGGUUGCAACGGACAAUUGCCCAAACAAUAUGUCACAUCCCACUUCUAAAACUACUUUAAUGGCUUGCAAUCCCUGGCAGUGCACAACGGGCCAGCUAGCAACUGAGGAUGCUUGCAGAAAACAGAGGUGGGAAUGUGCUGGAUGGAUGGAAUAUGGAAGGAAAAAAAGAAAGACAAGCAAUUAAGACUCCACACUUACACUGUCUGUUCGAUGACCAUUGUGGUGAUUGAUGGAAUCAUCACAGGGCUGAAAAUUCCCUCUGUCUCUCAGAAAAUGUAUCUUCUUCAGCCCAGGGCUCUUCAGGAGCUCAUCUAACAUGAAGAGGAUUCCUCACCUGGUUAAGCCAAAAGCAUCAUGUGCUAGAAAAUGACACCAGCCUACAAGCCCUGCUUGUGACACCUGGGAAGUGAGGGUCCAUUUCCUUCCUGGAUCACAUGGAAGCUGCGGAAAGAGCAUCCAGGGUGGAUGGAUUUCUGCAGAAGUGGUGGGCACACAAAGGAUGUUGAAGCAUUUCAGUAUUAAAGCUGAAGCUUACUCAUGUGAGCGGGCACAUAUGAACUUACGCUGGUAUAUUCCAGCGGGACUCAAGUUUGGGUCUAUGUCAGUAUAUAGGCAACUGUGUGAGUGUGGCAUUUAAGUACAGGAAUGCGUGGGAAUGCGUGCUUUGGGUAGGGUGUCUGUAGGCAUACAUACCCGUGAAGGAGGAUGCUAAGGGAAAGUGCGUUAGCCAGCAGAAGUCUACCUUUAGGACAGGUACAGCAGCAAGCAAUCUGCAAAGCCACAGGUGCAAUUUCUUCUCCCUGCUUGUGCCCACUCAAUGCCAACACCGUAUCGCUAUGAUGGGAGCAGGGUCAGGCACGAG